AAGUUUUAUUUUUUUUUAGGGAAGAACAAAGAAGUUAGCAAAGUAAGGGAGUGAGAAAUAAACAGAACAGCAAGAUGUCGAAGACUGCCUAGUACUACAAAUCCGCGCUUCCCACACCACUGGAACUGAGGCUUCUAACUCUAUCCCCAAACUCCUUUGCACCUAUCCCUCUCUAAAAGCUCUUUCUUUUAUUUGUCUGAAAUGGCAAGCAAUAGAGAAGGUCCACUUUCAUACGCCAAUACUCCAUCAUCCUCUUCCUCUCCGAUCGCAGUUUCUGACCAUCUGGAUGCUACCUUCCUCACAGUAGACCCAUCUGGUUCCCACCUCGGCAGCGCCUCCAAUAGCUUCCAAAACGACGCUGGUUUUCUCAACGAAAGUGCCAGUAGUAGUGAUGCCGAGUUCGGUUUCUCUACGCCCGAGUUAAGGCAGAGCCCACUUGCUGGAACUGUGCAGUUCUAUGAACGCCACGUCUUCUUAUGUUACAAGAACCCGUCUGUCUGGCCGCCGAGGAUCGAGGCUGCGGAGUUUGAUCGAUUGCCUAGGUUGCUCUCUGCUGCUGUCAUGGCUAGGAAGGGUGAUUUGAAGAAAGAGGCUUAUUUUCCCCUUUGCUCUUCGUGUGGCCGAUUUUUGGCUUCAGUUUUGAUCAGGGUUACUGUAGUUUUAGUGCAUAGAAGUGGGUUUCUUUUGAUGGCUUGUGGAUUGGUUCAAUGUGAUUUGAAGGCGUGUGACCUAUAGCUUCAAUUUUGAUUUAGGGUGCUCUUACUAUUUCCUAAAUUCAAAUGUGGUCUUGAUGAUUUGUGGACUGGUUAAGUUUGAGAAGUGACCAUGGGAUCAUUUGAAUUUUUGGACUCAUUUGGAGGUGUUUGAUUGAGUAUGAAUUUUUUUUGUGGGUUGGUUCUCUUUUCAGUCUUUUGGACUGGGGCUUGUGGAAAUGUCCUGUAGGAGUUUUUGAAAGUGCCCAAUUUGUAUUUACUAGACUGAGGUUUGAUGUGGGUUUCUUCAAAUUCAUUUGACUGAGGUACUUCAACAAGUGUUUAAUGGUGUGAUAUGGUCUCUGUUGGUUUUGGCACUGUUGCUCUUAGUUUAUGUUAGUUGAAACAUGUUUGGUAGCUUACGGACUGAUGAUGCUUUGAAUGAUAAUAAGUUCCAGUCUAUUACAGUUUGAUUCUGUGAUUCAUAGUGGACUUUUGGUGUCCUGUGGGUUGGCUUUGUUUUUGAACUCAUUGAAGGAUGUUGAUUGUAAGUUGUUAAAUAGGCUUCUGGAUUGAGGUUAGACUUGAGAUGCAUUUGGGAUUGAUCAACAGGGAUUUGGGGUUUUUGACAAGAAAGGUGUAUCAGGAUUUGGAUGAUGCGUAUAACUGUUUGAGAUGGCAGUUUCCAUAAUGUGUCCAUUUGUUAGAAAUUUUAAUGUCAGGGUUUCACCCCCUCCUCUUCUCUUAAGCUAUAUUUAAUGUAGUGACUAGGACUUAGUUGAGGGAGAGCAAAUUUCUAUCUUGAGAUGCUGCCUAUUAUUUAUGCAAUCAAGAAAAGGUAAAAAAUUAUAAUAUUAGGUGGCCAUCAAUAACUGCUAUGAUUAUAAAAUUUCUCAGAGAGACUGAGUGAGGCACUUGGACCUCGCAUGAUGAAGUGUUAUGAAUUAUAAAUGCUAUGAUGAGAUCUUUUUUCUUUAAA